UGGCUUGACGCAAAGACGUUGCGACAACUGAAGACACGCAGAAGUUAACUGUCGUCAAGGACCCCGUUCCUCAGAGAAUGUUCUGCACCCAUGGAUGCUCCAGUUCCGACACCAUCUUCUGAGAUGACCUCGAUUCCCAGAAUGCCCUUGAUGCUACUCCUGCUGCUGCCCAUCUUGAGUUCUGCAAAAGCUCAGGUUAAUCCAGCCAUCUGCCGCUAUCCUCUGGGUAUGUCAGGAGGCCACAUUCCAGAUGAGGACAUCACAGCUUCCAGUCAGUGGUCAGAAUCCACAGCUGCCAAGUACGGAAGGCUGGACUCAGAAGAAGGGGAUGGAGCCUGGUGCCCUGAGAUUCCAGUGGAGCCUGAUGACCUGAAGGAGUUCCUACAGAUUGACUUGCACACCCUGCACUUUAUCACUCUGGUGGGGACCCAAGGGCGCCAUGCUGGGGGCCAUGGCAUUGAGUUUGCCCCCAUGUACAAGAUCAAUUACAGUCGGGAUGGCACUCGCUGGAUCUCUUGGCGGAACCGGCAUGGGAAACAGGUGCUGGAUGGGAAUAGUAACCCCUAUGACAUUUUCCUAAAGGACUUGGAGCCACCCAUCGUGGCCAGAUUUGUCCGCUUCAUUCCAGUCACUGACCACUCCAUGAACGUGUGCAUGCGGGUGGAGCUUUAUGGCUGUGUCUGGCUAGAUGGCUUGGUGUCUUAUAAUGCUCCAGCUGGACAGCAAUUUGUACUCCCCGGAGGCUCUGUCAUUUAUCUGAAUGAUUCUGUCUAUGAUGGAGCCGUUGGGUACAGCAUGACCGAAGGGUUGGGCCAGCUGACAGAUGGGGUGUCAGGCCUGGACGAUUUCACUCAGACCCAUGAAUACCACGUGUGGCCAGGCUAUGACUAUGUGGGCUGGAGGAACGAGAGUGCCCCCGGUGGUUACAUCGAGAUCAUGUUUGAAUUUGACCGCAUCCGGAAUUUCACCACCAUGAAGGUCCACUGCAACAACAUGUUUGCUAAAGGAGUGAAGAUUUUUAAGGAGGUGCAGUGCUACUUCCGCUCUGAAGCCAACGAGUGGGAACCUAACGCCGUGUCCUUCCCCCUUGUCCUGGACGACGUCAACCCCAGUGCUCGCUUUGUCACGGUGCCCCUCCACCACCGCAUGGCCAGCGCCAUCAAGUGCCAGUACCAUUUUGCUGACACCUGGAUGAUGUUCAGUGAGAUCACCUUCCAAUCAGACGCCGCCAUGUACAACAACUCUGGAGCCCCGCCCACCUCACCCGAGGCGCCCACAACCUAUGAUCCGAUGCUUAAAGUUGAUGACAGCAACACGCGGAUCCUGAUCGGCUGCUUGGUGGCCAUCAUCUUCAUCCUCCUGGCCAUCAUUGUCAUCAUCCUCUGGAGGCAGUUCUGGCAGAAGAUGCUGGAGAAGGCUUCCAGAAGGAUGCUGGAUGAUGAAAUGACAGUCAGCCUGUCCCUGCCCAGUGAGUCCAGCAUGUUCAACCACAACCGCUCCUCAUCGCCAAGUGAGCAGGAGUCCAGUUCCACUUAUGAUCGCAUCUUUCCCCUUCGCCCUGACUACCAGGAGCCGUCGAGGCUGAUACGAAAACUCCCAGAAUUCGCGCCGGGGGAGGAAGAGUCAGGCUGCAGCGGCGUUGUGAAGCCAGCCCAGCCCAGCGGGCCUGAUGGGGCGCCCCACUACGCCGAGGCUGACAUUGUGAACCUGCAGGGGGUAACCGGAGGCAACACCUACUCAGUGCCUGCUGUUACCAUGGACCUGCUUUCCGGAAAAGACGUGGCUGUGGAAGAGUUCCCUAGGAAGCUUCUAACAUUCAAGGAGAAGCUGGGAGAAGGCCAGUUCGGGGAGGUUCAUCUCUGUGAAGUGGAGGGGAUGGAAAAAUUCAAAGACAAAGAUUUUGCCCUAGAUGUCAGUGCCAACCAGCCUGUCCUGGUGGCCGUGAAAAUGCUCCGGGCAGAUGCCAACAAGAAUGCCAGGAACGAUUUCCUUAAGGAGAUAAAGAUCAUGUCCCGGCUUAAGGACCCAAACAUCAUCCGCCUCUUAGCCGUGUGUAUCACAGAGGACCCUCUGUGCAUGAUCACUGAGUACAUGGAAAAUGGAGACCUCAAUCAGUUUCUCUCCCGCCACGAGCCCCCCAGUUCUGCCUCCAGCAAUGUACCCACUGUCAGUUAUGCCAACCUGAAGUUUAUGGCGACCCAGAUUGCCUCCGGUAUGAAGUACCUCUCCUCUCUUAAUUUCGUCCACCGAGAUCUGGCCACACGAAACUGCUUAGUGGGGAAGAACUACACCAUCAAGAUAGCCGACUUCGGAAUGAGCAGAAACCUGUACAGCGGUGACUACUACCGGAUCCAGGGCAGGGCAGUGCUGCCUAUCCGCUGGAUGUCCUGGGAGAGCAUCUUGCUGGGCAAAUUCACGACAGCGAGUGACGUGUGGGCGUUUGGGGUGACUCUGUGGGAGACCUUCACCUUUUGCCAGGAGCAGCCCUAUUCCCAGCUGUCUGAUGAGCAGGUCAUCGAGAAUACUGGAGAGUUCUUCCGGGACCAAGGGAGGCAGACUUACCUGCCCCAGCCUGCCAUUUGCCCUGACUCUGUGUAUAAGCUGAUGCUCAGCUGCUGGAGAAGAGACACCAAGCAUCGUCCUUCGUUCCAGGAGAUCCACCUUCUGCUCCUUCAGCAAGGGGACGAGUGACGCUGUCGCUGCCUGGAGACAUUCCGAUGGCCCAGGUCUUUCUCACGAGACCUACCACACAUCCACGCCUAAGCCACUCCAUCUGGACGUUGAACGGGCCCGGGAGACAGAGGCUUAUUUACUUCUGUGUCUCUGUCCCCAGCCUGCCUUCACUCCACUCCCCCACUCUCUACCCCUGACCCAUAUAUACUUUCUUUCUUUCUUUCUUUCUUUCUUUUUUUUUUUACAUUAAAGAACUCAAAAAGAAAAAAAAGCCUAGGGCAGAUAAAAUCUAGUAAAGAAAUCUUGCUUAAUAUACCAAAGUGUUGGAUAGCAAGCUAGACAACUUAGAUAAUUUAUAAAGGUUAAAUAUGCUAUGUUUAUAAAUGUGCAGAUUCUACCAUAUUUUUUCCACGUCACCUCUCAAAAUGUAUCUUCAGAAAGAAAAAACUUGAAGAACACAGAUGUCUUAGGGAACGUGGGGUUAGGCUUGGGGAAGACACUCAGUACGUGCGGAGAAUCAGAUGGGAGGGUUGGUAUUCAGUAGCUGAUCAGAGAUUUCUUUGUUUCCUAAUUUGGCCUCUGGACACGUCCUACCUUCUGCCUUUUCCUCUCCUGUCCAAGUAGGUGAUACAUGCUUGAAGACCUCCAGGUUCUCGGAAUGGGCAUUUUGUUCCUUUUGAGGGUGGGGUCAAGGGUGACGUCUAUACGCAGAGGAAGUACAGAGGGUGUGUGUAGAGAGACUGUCUACUGCAAGGCUGUACGAAGGGGAAUCAUCGUUUGCCAAAAAAGUACCUCGUGCAUGAAAGAGUUCUUGAAUAGAGAAUGGACAUAGGAAAAGAGGUCCAUGGAGGACAGGUGACAGGUGUGCUCUUCCCCUGUGAUUUCUGCAGAGGGUCUCCCGCUUGCUUAGAUAUUUUCAGGCGUGUGUUUCAGUGAGAGCUUGAAUCAGUAAAGACUGGUGUUUUGAUAUCUGGACUGUGGGCCCUUUUGGCUCAUCUUCUCCAAGUCUUUCAGCUCUUUUAUUAGGUGCAUCCCCUAGGGCACCCAUGGGCUGGGGGGUGACCUUCUCUGGGACAAAUACCUGAAGGCCAUGUAGUGUGGAGAGUAGAUCUGUUCUGCGUGUUUCCAAAAUGCUGACCUAGGGCCAACGAGGGAAAGUUGCAAGGAGAUAGGUUUCCACUCCUGAUUAGGGAGAUCAUAACCAGCAGCAGAACACAAAAGGAUGAACGGGCCACCUCCAGAGGUUGGGGGGCACAGGGGGGUCCUUUGUCGCUGAAGAGCUUCAGGUGCAGGCUGACGAACUAGGCAAGAAAGAGAUAGGCCUUCAAACACAGGGCAAAUGGUUGUAUGAGGUGAAGUAUAAUGUCCUUUUGACCCUAUGAGUCCUUGAUUGCAGAGAGCGUGAGAGAGACGUCCUUCACUGCUCCUGCUGGGUGUAGACAGCCUUGCCCCAGGGAUGGUAUGGCUAACAGGACAGAAAUCAUGGGGCUCUGAGUUCAGAAGCCACAGAACCAGAUACACUGUCAAGUAAGAGUCCCUUUGGAGCAGAUGGUGAGGCCUCAGAUCUAACGAGAAGCGGGAAAAGGGACCCCUCCAUUCUCUUUGAGGAACAACAAGAAACGAUUACAAAACAAGCUUCCCAAGUUCUUGUUGUCAAGUUCCCAAUAGUCUUGAGACCGUGAGUCUGCUUCUGUAGCCCUGACCCAUUUCCCCUGUGCACAGUGGCUCAGGGCCUUGACUUUUCUCCCUGGUUCAGCCUUCAGCAUCGCUCCAGGCUACCGCAGAAGGAAGUGCCCAAUCCCCCAGACGGUCUUGUGACCCUAGCAGACGCCUUCUCUCAUAGCUGCCCUUGGACUCUGGGCUCUAGCCUCUGCCAGGGCUAACUCUGCCCAGAGCGUUGGCUUGGGAGCUCUGAUCCUACUUCUGCCUCAAGCCAAGCGUGUCACUUUGGACGAGGCACUUCACCCUUCUGGACUUUAUUUUCCCUGGCCAUAAAAUGAGGGGAUGGCCUUGAAAGCCUCUCCCAGCUCUGAUAGGUUCAGUGCUGGCUGGAUAAUCGCGUCUGCAGUUGAUGCAGAUUCUGUCAUCUGGUCAUCUCCUGCUCUGAAAAUCGCCAUCAGCAAAAGCAAUGCCGCAGGGAACGCACUAUAAUAGUCACAGUCAGAGUGGCCACUUGUACAGCGCUUUCAAGUUUAUCAGGCAUUUCCGGAAACAUGAUCUCAUCUGAUAUGUGCAGGGCCGGACAUGUCUCCUAUGCCCUGGGGCCCAUCACACUGCUUUCCAGACCAGUGUUAACUGCAUGUAUUCGAGAGCUCUCUAGAGAAACAGGGCAGGAGAAGACUGACAUUUAAGUUCAGCAGUCAAGCAGAGAGAGCAAACUCCCCCUCCUCAGUCUUUUCCACGCCCCCCCUCCCCCACCAUGUGCCCACACAGAGAUUGGGCAGUCUGUUUCACUCGGUGCACCAUUUCUAAUGCAAAGUCUUCUGGAAAUACCCUCACAGGCCCCUAGAGCCCCUGUCUCAUCUGGGCACAUCGACACGAACAUUUAGUCACCUCCCUGCAGGUGAAAUCCCGGCCUGUCCUCCUGUAUCCACCUGCCUCUGGGAGGGCCACAUGUAGACCGUGCCCAUGACUUCAGAUGUGGCGAGAGAGAAUAACAUCACUUCCCCAUCUGUGCCUAAUCUCUCUGCUUCUUUCUUUCCACACUUCCACCUCAGACCACUGCACGCAUUCCAUGAUCCCCUACAUAAAAAGAAAAUUAUAUUGGAGAUGAACUGAAUGUGUCUGGAUUUUCCUGGCCUUGAGCCACAGAGUAAUCUGUUUCAAGUGGCUGGCAAGCAUGCACUGUCACGUACCAUUAUCCUUUCCUGGGAGGAGGAAGUUUAUUCUCAGGCACUGAGAUUCUUACGUUAGAGACCCCGGGCUAGGUUCUAGCCUGGCCAAUGCCCGCAGAGCCUCGCUGCACGGACGGAAGAGACCCAAUAGCAGGACAUGGUGAAGGCUUCGUAUGUAGAAUUUAAAGGUAGUGCAAACUUCCCUGAGAAGAAUGUAGCUGGGAACUUUCAGAAGAGGAGAUAGGAAAAGGGACAGCCAUCCGUGGAGGCCUUGUUAACCUUAGUAGUGAGUUGUCCCCUUCGUGAUAGGUAUGAACUCCUUUGUAUCCAGAUCGAGUUUGGGGAUCCUCAGAUUUAAAGUGACACUUCUGCUGGUUAAUGUGCUGAUCACUAGGUCCAAGUCUUGAGGUGCUGUCUAGAUACAUGUGUGAUCAGAAGAGAUCUGGAAUGGAAGGAGCCACCGAGGGGGAAACGUGGUUUUGAUGUUGUGGAAAGAUGACUUACGAGCGCACAAGACAGUAUAACGAAGAGCAUUGUAUGGAAGUGGAGUAAGAAAAACAAAAAGAUGAAUGAAUGUGCAUGUGCCUGAGCAGGGAGGCAGGUGGGGACUAGAAAGAAGGCUACUUAGAAAAAGGUAAGGGAGGGUGCAGGGGGAAGACCCAGGCGGGGCGGGGCGACAAGGGACAAACAGGUGGUGCAGGUGAGAAUCUAGGCUGAAGCAUGAAAGCAGAUCUCGGAAGAGAGAUCUGAGACAGGGCAGAAAAAGUACGUGUCUUGAAGAUAAAAGAUAAAUAUGUGUAGAGAAAGAAGUUCCGGAUGAUAGAGAUGAUAAAAGUAUUUAUUAAAAGAUGAAAAGUCAGGCACAGUGGAUGGAAAGGAAGGGAGCUUUCCAGAGUUUUUGGGAAGGGAAAGUCCUUAUAAAAACAUGGAGGCAAUUAUCAGGAAAUGAUCUCAUUUCAGAGGAGGCGAGUGAGGGGGGCCCCCGUUGAAGUAUAUCCUGGACCCUAGAAGUGCUCGGGACAACGGUGGCGGGAAGAAGUCAUUUCUUUGCCUGAACGAGACUGUGUUUCCCAAGAGCCGUUUUGGAAAUGAUUUAUGGAGGUUCACGGGGCUUUGUUCCCCUCCUUCUGUGAGUCAAAUCCAUUUAGAAUAAUGCCCAUCACUGUUGUGCCCAGAAAAGCCACAGGGGAACAUUGAAAUAAUCGGCCGAUGUUAGACAAGACCAAACCUUGUUUGAUAUCUAUACAGAGAGGUAUGUGCCACGUUGGAACCAUGUGUUUCUCUAGUCCUGUCCAGACUUCCCACAAGAAAGCCACAAUGUGGGGCUAAGCCAUGUGUUUUGAGGAAAGGGGAACAGAAGAAGGGGAGUUGUCUACCAGGCCAAGAGAUGAAAAGGUUCCAAGGAAAGAUUUUCUAAAACAGAACAGCAUCUGUUUUGCCCAAAACUGAAAAUAAAAUGAAGAAAAUUACAGUUAGGGCUUAGAUUACUUACAAUAUAUGGUCAUCAAGUCUUCGAUCUUAACUGGGAUUUGUACACCUGCCAUCUUGGCCUUCUCAGUAAGACCUCUGACAUCUGGCAGUGUGUAUGGUAGGUCCCUAAAUAUUUCUGGAAUAUUGAUUGCAGAUUCUGAUCUAUGCUGGGAAGCCCUUCUUGAAUUGAAACUUAACAUUUCUGUAGAAACAGAUGAAUGCCUUUUCAAAAUCGAGAAAAGGAAUGCUGAGUCGAGAUGGAAAGAGACCAGAAUGGUCAAUGGUGAUUGGAUUUUUGGCAUUUCGAGUUCUCUGGCACCAUUAGCUGCAUUGCUUGAUGGCAGACAAGUGGUGGGUAAUCAUUUACUUGCUGUUUCUUUUAUUUAAAAACUUGUAAUUUUGAAAUACUUUAAGACUCACAAGAAGUUAUAAAAAUAGUAGAGCGGCCUUACCCUGACACCAGGCUUUCCUCAUUGGUAACGUCUUACAUAACCAUAGUCUAUUUUCAAAACCGGAACUUGACCUUUGUAACACUACAGUUCAUUAAGCUGCGGGCCUUACUCACAUUUCACCAGAUUUUUAUAUGUAUUUAUGUAGUUUCUGGAUACUUUAUCCCUUUCUGAUUUGUAACCUGGCCUUGCUUGGAGGUGGCAGAAAACACACGAUCUGGAUGCAACUCUACCAAAUUCUAGAGAGAAUUUAUCCAUGAGAAAUGGUCUGCCUAGACCACUUCCACAUUUUCUGACUAGUUUGGCUGUUUAGCGUCUGGAACAAUCCGAGAACAACUCAGAAGGAUCUGGAAACACAAAAGACAGGAAGACCUACACAUAGCUUGCUGGCUAGAGAAUGAGGUGUAGGACAUUCUAGAUGGUUCCUGCAGUUCCUACCAGUGAGUAAGAUUUGUAAUGGUGGCAAGCAGGGGACGUAGGGUAAACCGGUCUUUUGAGGGGGACUUAGCUGAUGGCAGGGCUGGCUUGUGGAAGGAACACAGUAGCAUAGAACCCUCUAAUGUGUGAUGAAACGCAAUUUUCAGAGUAGUACCGGCACUUCGGUUGCCUAAAUACCAAUUCUUAAAUGGAAUGGAAGAUACAUUGGACCAAAUUAAAUGUGACCACAGAAGCAACCUUGGGAGGAGUUGAAACUCUGGAGCUGUGGAUCACAGCUGUGAGUUUCGUGGGGGCAUCUUUAACGUGCCCUAUUUAAGGGUCACAGGUUAUAACUGGGUUCACACUGCCUACCCCAUGUCCUGUAAAGUCCCAAGCACAGAGCGAGCACUCAGUAAAUAUCUGCUGAGUGUUGUUUUUUGAAUGAAUAAGAGAUAGAAACCGAAACUUGUCAUCCAGAAUAACUGGGGUGAAUUUAGGGAGAAUUGCUUUGCUACAUCAUCAACAGGUUGUUUUCAAAGAGAGAAAAAUGCCCAGACUGGUACCUGGCGAAGUUCAUUCUCCGUUUGCAUAUUUUCUAAUGAUGACAUCGAUUAAUGGAAUGGGAAGUGCCUCCUUCUUUGAGGUGUUUAGACAGCCGUGCAAGGCAGUCCUUUAUGAUGCACCCCAACCCAAGCCUAGGCUUUUUGGUUUCCGCUACAGACAGGAACUUGUAAAGAAGCGUCAGUGUCACAAGCCAGCCUGGCUUACCCACAUUCACUACCGCACUAAGGGGAGAGUUUGCGAACAGACUCACGGGAGAGCACAGUGAGAUAAGGCAAUUACUUUGACUGAAAAGCUCUUUUCUUGCAGAGAUGCCUGGAAAUAGUUGAAAUUAGGGGGGAUUCCUGCAAACACACCAAGAGUUUGUAAUCUAGCCUAUUCAUUUUAUGCCCUUUACUACUCAUGAUAUCCUGUCUCUUCUACCCUGUUGUCUGGUAACUUUUCCUGAGGGUUGAGUUUCUGAAUCAACACGGCUCACUCUUCCUACGAGGAGGGACUAUCUGAGCCUCAUUCUGGAGGCUUUGAAGGAUGACGUGUCGUCAAGGGGUAAAGAGCAAACUGAUUGGUUUCUGCUUAAAACUAUCGUAGUCAUCCCAAAACAGGAUACGGAAAAGUUCUCUGUAUUAGAAAGGGAAACAAGAUACCAAUUGUAUAUUUUCUUUAUUUAUUCCCUGUAAGUCUGUCAGAUGAUAAAUUGUAAAUAACAACGAUUAAAGAAA